AUAGAUAGAUAGAUAGAUAGAUAGAUAGAUAGAGCUCGAAUGCAACGCACAGUUGAGCGGAAGUAGUCAGAUGGUCGCUAUGACAACGGAGCUCCAUUCUGUUAAAGUUAACAAGUUACAGAAGAAACAAAUCUGACAAACAGCAUGUCUUCAGCAGUGAGUGGCUCGAGGACUCCUCUCCUCCCAGACAUCAAUAAUCCCCAAAAACACAGGAAAACGCCAACAUCUAACGUUAAGUCCCUCCGGGAAUGGAUAAAGGAUCCCAUCAUCUAUCCUGCUGGAGAGAAAACACAAAUCCCCUCCGAGCACGAAAUAGCACAAUUCAGGAAGACUUUGCAUCAUAAUGUCUGUGUGGGGAUGCUGAGCGAGGGCUUUCACCGCUCGUUUGCGGAGCUUUUUGCGCUGCUGCAGCGUUGGGAAGAAGCGGAGGAACAUCCGCACAAACUACAGACGCUACAGCAGCACCUCACCCGGACUGAGACCGCAGAAAGAGCCGGACAGUAUGGAGAGGUGUAUGAGAACCACUUGUUUUUGGCCAGGUAUUUCGCUGAGCCAGAAGACAGAUGGUUGAAGCAUCAUUUCUUUCAGCUGGCCCUCCAUUCAGCUCGCAAAUUCAAAAUGGACUGUGGCAAAAGAGAGGCUGAGGCCAACUUACACCUGGGCCAAGUUUAUUUAGAGAAGGGUCAGCUUGAGCUAGCACAAGAGCAUUUUGAGGCGUUUUACCACCUGACCAUGGGCCGGUCAUGGCAGGACACCAGCAGCCGCAUGCAUCACUCACGCUCAUGUGAGGAGCUCCAGAGGGUGUAUACACUGCUGGCACAGAGACUGCUUCAGGACCAACACUAUGCAGACGCCAUUAAGAUGCUCACCAAGGCCUACGAGAUGGCUAAAGAGUCGGAGGACCGAGGAUCAGAAGGAGAGGCAGCCUAUCAACUGGGCCUGGCGUAUCAGAGCACAGGAGACCAGAAGACCGCUAAACAGUUUUUCAGCAUGUAUUUGGAGAUCUCCACAACACUUGAAAAUACAGACAGCCUGGGUAGAUCAUAUGAAGCCAUUGCCAAAUCUCUGGAGAGUGAAGGCAAAUUAACAGAAGCAACAGAAUAUUUGGAAAAGUUUGCUGAGAUUUCUCUAAACAGCAAACAGGACAGAAACCUCGAGAAAGCCUACAUGUGCCUCGGAACCAUCCUCAACUCUGGAAAGCAAUAUGAUGGCGCUUGUGUACAUUUUGAACGUGCAUAUGAGAUUGCAUGUAAUCUGGCAUCAGUGCCCAGGCUGCAGAAGGCUCAGGUGUGUGCGGGCAGUGCCCGUGCGCUCAGCAUGAUGCAGACCUAUCACACGCUCAUAGUGACCCCUGGACGCCAGAACAUCAAGAAAAUCAUCAGCUGGAAGGAGAGAAGAGAGGAUAACUUCAGUGCUACAUCAUAGAGCAAGAAAUGAAGACAGUGAACAAUGGACAGAUGAGACGGAGGGGAAAUGUUUAUUUGAAUAAAGUAUUGUUAUCCGUUUUAAAUCUGUCUUUUAAAGAGAUCGUUAAUGAAAAAUAAGUAAAUAUACUUCUAAAAAGAGUAAUUAUUACCGGAAUAAUAUACUUAAGAAUUAUUUAAGUGCGAACUAUGUGUGAUGCUUUCAGACACUUAAUUGCAUGUUAUUUACAGUUAACUGAAAAUGUAUUAUAGUUUAAAUUCAUAUUAAACACAAUUAGUUAAA